CCAACUACCAAUGCUGCGCGUGACUCGUAGUAGUCUGACCGCUCCUGUGGCCACUGCCCUCCGUGCCCUUACUGCUCGGGCUGGAACUCGUGCUGGUGUGAAUGGGCUCAAGUCUGCCGAGGUCUUCUCGGCUGCGGCUGGAGCAGGCGGCGCGUCGUCGGUGCUGGGCCGGAUGGCUGGCCAGUCGACGAUGGCUAUGGGCACCAUUGGUGCUCGUGGGUAUGCGUCCGAGGCUGUGAUGACGGUGGACACACCCGAAAUGGGCGACUCCAUCUCGUCGGGCACCGUGGCCGACUGGGAGAAGGGUGUCGGCGACUAUGUCGAGGCCGACGAGGUGGUGUGCAUGAUCAACACCGACAAGAUCGCUGUGCCUAUCACCGCGCCGCAGGCGGGUGUCAUCACUGAGAUCCUGGUUGACGAGGACGAGGAGGCCGAGGUCGGCACUCCGCUGUACAAGCUCGACACCGCGGCGUCUGCGCCUGAGGCCAAGGCCGACUCGGCCGAGGAGCCCGCAGCCGAGGCCAAGGAGGAGGCCAAGGAGGAGGCUGCGCCGGCCAAGGAAGAGAAGCCUGCGGCAGCCAAGGAGACCAAGGCUGCGGCCAAGCCUGCGGCGGCCAAGCCUGCGGCGGCCAAGCCUGCAGCCAAGACCAUGACUGGGGCGCGGACCGAGACCCGAGUCAAGAUGACGCGGAUGCGGCAGACCAUUGCGGCGCGGCUCAAGGAGUCGCAGAACACGGCGGCGCUGCUGACCACGUUCCAGGAGAUCGACAUGACCGAGCUUAUGGCGCUGCGCAAGAAGCACCAGGAGGCGUUUGUGGCCAAGCACGGCGUCAAGCUCGGCUUCAUGUCGCCAUUCAUCAAGGCGUCGGCCAAGGCGCUGCAGGAGGUGCCGGCCAUCAACGCGGUCAUCGACGAGACCGACGUCGUCUACCGUGACUACGUCGACAUCUCGGUCGCCGUCGCCACUCCCAACGGCCUUGUCGUCCCCGUCGUCCGCAACGCCGAGUCGCUCUCGUUUGCCGACGCCGAGCACGAGCUCGCCCGCCUCGCCGCCAAGGCCCGCGAGAACCAGAUCUCGCUCGACGACAUGGCCGGCGGCACCUUUACCAUCUCCAACGGUGGUGUCUACGGCAGCUUGCUCGGCACCCCCAUCCUCCAGUCCGGCCAGUCGGCCGUCCUCGGCAUGCACGGCGUCUUCCCGCGCCUCCGCGAGGUCGACGGCGAGUUUGUCAAGCGCUCCAUCAUGAUUGCCGCCCUCACCUACGACCAUCGCCUCGUCGACGGCCGUGAGGCUGCCACCUUCCUCCGCACUGUCAAGCAGGGCAUCGAGGACCCGACCUCGCUUCUCUUCGACCUGUAAAACCCUUCGAGCCUG